AUUACAUUUUUGGCAUACAGAAAUAAUGUACUCGAAAAGCCAAUCGAAAUUGCUGCAAACGUUGGAGGAGUCUGUGCCACCGCUCAAUCAGGAUGAUGCAGUUAAGAUGAUGGCCAAUGCAAUUCGUCAGCCAUUUAGCCAUCCUAUUGAGGAGGGCCUGCGGCAGGGAGGUGUCAGCAUGGAGGGCAAAAUUUCCACUCUGGACAGGAAGUUGCUGGAGGCCAUGAAGGAUAUGGAUACAUCGCCGGAGGCAUUGGACAAAGUGCUCCCAGUGACCGAUAAGGAACUUACAAAAAUGGCUGAGGUGUUUGUUGAAUUCGACCAAAGCAGAGACGAGGAAGAUGACUUAGACGUAGAUGAUUUGGAGGUUGAGGAAGCAUAUGAGGAUGACUACGAAUAUGAGGAGGACGAAGACGAAGUGGACAACGACAACGAGGUUGUUGGUGAGAACGAGGACGAGGCAGACGAGCAGGGCGUCAAUGCUGAUGAGCAGCAGGUCAAGAGUAAAUUGAAAUUGCCCGAACAGCCCGAGGCGUACUCGCUUAACGAUCUGAUGGUUUAAUGGGCGCAGGUGGCGCAUCUCAAAUGAUGAUGAUUUUUUUUGCAUGAUUAUUCGCCAAAUUUGUUGUUGCUCAUAAAUUUAUUAAAUAAUUUCCUUGAACCAUUA